AUGGAUACUGGUGCUGCCAGUGGGUCAUCGUCAUCAAAAAUCAAUCGAACUUUAGUUGAGAAGGAACGGAGAAUGCGUUUGAGAAAUCUCUAUUCGCAGCUCUCUUCUCUCCUUCCUCCUCAACCAAGGAAGAUGUCGACUCACGAUGUGCUGGAGCAAGCCACCCUGUGCAUAAACCAGCUGCGGAAACGAGUGGAAGAACUCAAGCAAAUGAAGUUGCAACUAGAGGAGUGCAAAGGAGCAACUGAAACGACAAGCGGGCCAAGUAUAUACCCGGUUAUAAAUAUAUCAGAUUUGGAUUCUACUCUGGAAGUAAAUUUAAUUACAGGGUGGGAUGGGAAGUUCAAAUUAAGCGACAUUAUAAAAGUUCUCAUGGAAGAAGGAGCAGAAGUUAAAACGGCUGUCGCAAACCAUAAUGCAGGAGAUAGGACCAUCUAUUCAAUUUGUUGCCGGGCUAUUAAUUCUAGAAUUGGCAUUGCCACAUCAAGAGUGCAGGAGAGAUUGCAGGAUCUGAUUUCUUGA